CAAAUCAUCCAGAUUAUAUGGCUGUUGCGAACAUAAAUAAUAAAAAAGUUGAAGUGGGAUAUCUAGAAAUGGGCCAUCCAGGAUCUUCCACUGAUAAACAAGUCCAGGACCACAAGAAGUUGAACAGACUAGCAAAGGACUCCAUCAAUGAAACUUGGAUAUCUAAAAACAAAAGAGCUUUUGGAAGAAAGGCUUGGUUUGAUGCACCACCAAUCAGAAUUUUGUGGGAAUAUUUAUUGUAUCAAAAGAAAGCUUAUACUUUUGAUAUGAGAACAUUUAGUCAACUUGAUUGUGAAAAAUCACAUUCCAGUUCCCAUAAUCAAGAAUCUGUCGGCAAUGAUAAUGAAGAUGAACUGCUUGAUGCAAAUGAAGUAACUAAUGAUAUGACACUCAGAGGUGAUAAUAUUGAAA